GUGCACAGCAAGUCGGCGCUUGAUUCACACAUCGCCCACUUGGUCGACCAGGUCACCGGCCUCCGACAACUGGCCAGUCGACAUCUUCACGCCUGGACGCUGGCCGUCGGUGGUCAGGGCCAUGCUGCUCGGCUGUUGGAGGAGUGCCAGACUCGCCUCGCAUCUCUUGAAGCGCAACUGGCCAGCCACUGUUUCCCUUUAGCUCCACGCACGCCUCGCCCGGCAACCGAGCCGCCUGACAACCAAACAGAGUGCUCGAACGGAGAGGCAAGAGGUCGUCGCGAAGAGGAUGAGAACAAGGACGAGGAAGACACUGACGGUCUGAUUAAAGUGGACGCUGGCAAACGUUAUCAGUCCAUGCUGUCUUGGCUCGACGAGUUUGCUGACACCUUGGACACCCUUCAAGCCGGCCCAUAUCAACAACUCCUCGAGACAACACAACUGCUCAGCGCUCCGGUCUCGAUCGGCCGGUUGCCCGGCUCACAGGCGGCUUCGGCCAACCAUUGUCUGGCCGAGUUGAGGACGCGACUGAUCCGCCUGCAUAAACAUGUCGGCCUGCUACGAGCCAGCGUCGAUUCUGCCUUGGCCGAGCAUACAGUCGCCGAAGAAGCUACCGCAGAACUCACCGUCUGGCUCUCAAAGACGGCCGAUCGUCUUUCCAGCCUGACAGAGCCCUUGGUCUCUCCACAGCUGCCGGCACUUGCUGAUCAGUUAGUCAGCUUGUCUGGUGCCGCCUUGAGAGCGUCUUCCUCCUUGACACCGCAGGCUGUCGGAGAGGCGGGACAGUUGCCACAGGAUCCGAUUGCGUCAGCUGCGCUAACCGCCAUGCUGAAUGGUCUGGAUGCAAUAAUUGGCCAACGUCGAGGUCGAAUACAGGCCCUAAAGGUGACGACAUACAUUUAA